AUGAUUAUUAUUUUCUUCUUUUUGUUUUCUUAUUUUCUUCUCUUCCUUCAUCGUCUUCUUCUUCUUUUCAUUUUCUUCUUCUUCUUCUUCUUCUUUUUAUUUUCUUCUUUUUCUUCUUUUUAUUUUCUUCUUUUUCUUCUUUUUAUUUUCUUCUUUUUCUUCUUCUUUUUUAUUUUCUUCUUUUUCUUCUUCUUUUUAUUUUCUUCUUUUUCUUCUUCUUUUUAUUUUCUUCUUCUUUUUCUUCUUUUUUUCUUUUUUUCUUCUUCUUUUUAUUUUCUUCUUUUUCUUCUUUUUAUUUUCUUAUUUUUCUUCUUUUUAUUUUCUUUUUUUCUUUUUCUUCUUCUUCUUUUUAUUUUCUUCUUGUUCUUCUUUUUCUUUUCUUUUUCUUCUUCUUCUUCUCUUCUUCUUCUUCUAUUAUAUCUAUCUAUCUAUCUAUCUAUCUAUCUAUCUAUCUAUUAG